GGGUAUCUGGAAGUCAAACCUUCCCCUCCGGUCAACAUGGGCCGCUCGGGGAAGCUGCCCUCCGGGGUCUCGGCCAAGUUGAAGCGCUGGAAGAAGGGUCACAGCAGCGACAGUAACCCCACCAUCUCUCGCCACCGGCAAGCAGCCCGCAGCCGCUUCUUCAGCCGGCCGUCAGGUAGGAGCGACCUGACGGUUGAUGCUGUAAAGCUGCACAAUGAGCUGCAGUCGGGCUCCCUGCGCCUGGGCAAGGGAGGGGCCCCGGAGACGGCCAUGGAAGAGGAGGCCGAACUGGCCGCCACCGAGAGGUCCUCGGCCACCUUCCUGAGCGGCCUCUCGGACUGCACGAACGUCACCUUCAGCAAGGUGCAGCGCUUCUGGGAGUCCAACUCGGCGGCCCACAAGGAGAUCUGUGCUGUGCUGGCCGCCGUCACGGAGGUGAUUCGUUCCCAGGGAGGGAAGGAGACAGAGACGGAGUACUUUGCAGCUCUGAUGACCACGCUGGAGGCAGUGGCAACUCCGGAGUCCUUAGCCGCCGUGGCGUACUUGCUGAACCUCGUGCUGAAGCGGGUGCCCAGUCCUGUGCUCAUUAAGAAGUUCUCUGAUACCUCCAAAGCCUUCAUGGAUAUCCUGUCAGCCCAGGCCAGCAGCGGCGCCUCCUCUGCUCUGCGAUGGGUCCUGUCCUGUCUGGCAACCCUUCUGCGGAAGCAAAACCUAGAGGCCUGGAGCUACCCUGUGACCCUCCAGGUAUACCAUGGACUCCUGAGUUUCACCGUGCACCCCAAGCCCAAGAUCCGGAAGGCUGCCCAGCAUGGCGUGUGCUCGGUCCUCAAGGGCAGUGAGUUCAUGUUUGGCGAAAAGGCCCCUGCCCAUCAUCCUGCUGCCGUUUCCACCGCCAAAUUCUGCAUCCAGGAGAUUGAGAAGUCUGGAGGCACCAAGGAGGCCACCACCACGCUGCACAUGCUGACGCUGUUGAAGGACUUGUUGGCCUGCUUCCCAGAAGGCCUGGUGAAGAGCUGCAGUGAGACUCUCCUCCGAGUCAUGACCUUGAGCCAUGUGCUGGUGACUGCAUGUGCCAUGCAGGCAUUCCACAGCCUCUUCCAUGCCAAGCCAGGCCCAGGCACCCUGUCGGCGGAACUCAAUGCCCAGAUCGUCACGGCCUUGUAUGACUACGUUCCUAGUGAGAAUGACUUACAGCCGCUGUUGGCCUGGCUUAAGGUCAUGGAGCAAGCCCACAUCAACCUUGUCAGGUUGCAGCGGGACCUGGGGCUGGGCCAUCUCCCUCGCUUUUUUGGAACGGCCAUGACCUGCCUCCUCUCCCCACACUCGCAGGUGGUGGUGGCUGCCACCCAGAGUCUCAAGGAGCUCCUGAAGGAAUGUGUGGCUCCCCACAUGGCUGAUAUUGGCUCUGUGACAGGCUCAGCUUCAGGCCCCGCCCAAUAUGUCGCCAAGAUGUUCAGGGCAGCGGAGGAGGGCCUGACAUACAAAUUUCAUGCGGCUUGGAGUUCCGUGUUGCAGCUGUUGUGUGUCUUCUUUGAGGCGUGUGGAAAACAGGCCCACCCUGUGAUGAAGAAGUGCCUUCAGUCCCUGUGUGACCUGCGCCUCUCCCCUCACUUCCCCCACAUGGCAGCCCUUGACCAGGCCGUGGGGGCUGCGGUGACCAGCAUGGGGCCCGAGGUGGUGUUGGAGGCCGUACCUCUGGAGAUCGAUGGUUCUGAGGAGAGUCUGGAUUUUCCGCGGAGCUGGCUGUUGCCUGUCAUCCGGGACCACGUGCGGGAAACACGGCUGGGCUUCUUCACCAGCUACUUCUUGCCUCUGGCCACCACCCUGAAGAGUAAAGCAAUGGAACUAGCCCAGGCAGGCAGCACAGUGGAGUCCAAGAUCUACGACACACUGCAGUGGCAGAUCUGGACCCUCCUGCCUGGUUUCUGCACCAGACCCACAGAUGUGGCCUCCUCCUUCCGAGGGCUUGCGCGGACACUAGGCAUGGCCAUCAGCGAGCGCCCAGACCUGAGAGUCACCGUGUGCCAGGCCCUGCGCACCCUCAUCACCAAGGGCUGUGAGGCUGAGGCCGACCGUGCUGAAGUGAGCCGCUUUGCCAAGAACUUUCUGCCGAUCCUCUUCAACCUCUACGGGCAACCUGUGGCUGACGGGGAUAGCCCAGCCCCUCGCCGAGCUGUGCUGGAAACCGUCAAAACAUACCUCACCAUCACCGAGUCCCAGUUGGUGAAUGGGUUCCUGGAGAAGGCUAGUGAGAAGGUACUUGACCCUACCAGCUCUGACUUCACCAGGUUGUCUGUCCUGGACCUGGUCGUGGCCUUGGCUCCUCAUGCAGAUGAAGCAGCCAUCAGCAAGCUGUACACCACCAUCCGGCCUUACUUAGAGAGCAAGGCACAUGGGGUGCAGAAGAAGGCCUACCGUGUGCUGGAGGAGGUAUGUGCCUGCCCCCAGGGCCCGGGGGCCCGCUUUGUGCAGAGCCACCUGGGCGACCUGAAGAAGACUCUACUGGACUCACUGCGCAGCACGGCCUCCCCUGCCAAGCGGCCCCGCCUGAAGUGCCUCAUACAUAUUGUGAAGCAACUGUCAGCCGAGCAUGAGGAGUUCAUCGCUGCCCUCGUGCCGGAGGUGAUCCUAUGCACCAAGGAGGUGUCUGUGGGUGCGCGAAAGAACGCCUUCGCUCUGCUGGUGGAGAUGGGCCAUGCUUUCCUGCGGUUUGGCUCCAACCAGGAAGAGGCCCUGCAGCGCUACCUUGUCCUCAUCUACCCUGGCCUCGUGGGCGCAGUGACCAUGGUCAGCUGCAGCAUCCUGGCCCUGACCCACCUCCUCUUUGAGUUUAAAGGUCUGCUGGGGACCAGCACGGUGCAGCAGCUGCUACAGAACGUGUGCCUGCUCCUGGCCUCCCGUACCCGCGACGUGGUCAAGUCUGCGCUGGGCUUCAUCAAAGUGGCUGUGGUCGUCAUGGAUGUUGCACACAUGUCCAAGCAUGUGCAGCUGGUGCUGGAGGCCAUCGGGCAGCUUUCCGAUGACAUGCGGCGGCACUUCCGCACCAAGCUCCGGAACCUGUUCACCAAGUUCAUCCGCAAGUUUGGGUUUGAGCUGGUGAAGGGGCUGCUGCCCGAGGAGUACCACCGAGUCUUGGUCAAUAUCAAGAAGGCUGAGGCCCGGGCCAAGAGGCACCGAGCCCUGAGCCAGGCUGCUGAGGAGGAGGAGGAAGAGGAGGAGGAAGAGCCUGCCCAGGGCAAAGGUGACAGCAUUGAGGAGAUUCUGGCCGACUCGGAGGAUGAGGACAAUGAGGAAGAGGAAAGAAGCAGGGGCAAGGAGCAGCGGAAGCUGGCCCGGCAGAGGAGCCGGGCGUGGCUGAAGGAAGGUGGUGGGGACGAGCCCCUCAACUUCCUGGAUCCCAAGGUGGCCCAGCGAGUUUUAGCCACACAACCUGGGCCCGAACGGGGGAAGAGGAAGGACCAUGGCUUCAAGGUGAGCGCCGAUGGCCGACUCAUCAUCAGGGACGAGGAGGACAGCGAGAAGGUAGAAGAAGAGGAGGGUGCCAGAGGGGAGGAUGAAGAGAUGGCUGACCUGCUGGCAGAUGCGGGUGUCAGAAAUAAAAAGCAGAAGUUUAAGCAGCAGAAAGAGGAAGAAGAGGAAGAGUUGGAAAUGCCACCUCAGUACCAAGCUGGAGGCUCCGGCAUUCAUCGCCCUGUGGCCAAGACCGCACCUGGGGCAGAAUACAAGGCCAAGAAGGCAAAGGGUGACGUGAAGAAGAAAGGGCGGCUCGAUCCCUAUGCCUACAUCCCCCUCAACAGAACCAAGCUCAACCGCAGGAAAAAGGUGAAGCUGCAGGGACAGUUCAAAGGCCUGGUGAAGGCUGCACAGCGGGGGACGCAAAAGGGACACAAAUUGCGCAGGAAGAGUCGCAGACCCUGAAGCCCAGCACCCAGGGUAGCCUGGGCUCCACCUGUGGCCCCUCAUCAGUCCCGGCUGCCUUGCAGCACCUGAGACUGUGGCAGAGCCUGCACCCAGCAUGACGUGUCGGGGCCAGGGCCCAGGGUGUUAGCACUACAGAUGAAUGCUGGCCUUGCCACGCGUCUCUGGGUGGCUCAGUGCUUUCUGCCCACGGGCCGUGCCCUGCAGCCGCAACUCCUUGGAGCUAUGGGCUCUCAGCACAGCUGCACUCCAGGUCUAGGGUUCCUGUGAGCAACUGGAAUAAAUGCAUUUCUGGAUGCAUCUUUGCUGUAUCUUGGUGUCAGCAGUUAUGGUUUGACACCCUGCCCCUCACCCCUGCCUGGCUCCUGACACCCAGGUGUUUUCCCCUGCCCGGGGCAGAAGGGUGGUCUGACUUCACGUGACCUUCAUAGUCAGAAAAUGACAUUUUGGGGUCAGGAGGU